UAGCUAUCAUAGUCCAAUCAUUUGGCUAUAAAUUAAACACUUAUUGAUUCUUUGAUAGUCUCACCAUACACUCAUGUCUUUGCGGAUUCCUUCUUUCGGUUGUGCUGUAGUUAUCCAACAUAGAAAGGAGCAUAGAGCGUGUCCACGUUUAAAUAUAAGAGCUCAAGGCUUACGAGAUGAAGGGAGAUCCAGUAACGAUGUAGAUUCGAAUAUGAAGAUUCUGAAACACAGGCUUGAGAUAAUGAGGACGAAAGAGAGACUAGAGAUGAGCUCUAGAUCGUAUGGGUGGGACUGCGCUACACGGCCUACACCCAAAUAUGAAAAACAACCCAAAUAUCGUCCAACAAGUUUAUCAGUUCUCAUGGGCAGUGCUCUUCUUUGCGCUUUUUCCGCCAUUAUUUCUCAUCUCAAUCUUUAGAAGUACGGAUAUUUCAUCACCAACACACGAACUAAGAUCAAGAUAACAAAAGAUCAAACACCCUUUGCGUCACAAAUGUUAGUUGUUAAUAGUUAUUUUUUCUCAAAUUAGUAAUUAAACAUCAAUAUUUGUAUUUGAACUCAGGACAUUUAAAGAUGGAAAGUUUCUCACCGUAUUUCGGACCACAUGCUAGUUGACCAACGUCUAUUGACUUUGGUUGCAUUACCUUGAAAAGGGUUGUAAAUUGUAAUUACUUUUGUAUCACAAUUUUAUUAUGUUAUUUCAUAUUAUAUAA